AUGGAUACCUCAAAUGAAGGUGCAAGCUCUUUUGGUUCAGCUCAUAGCAGUGGUUCAUCUGCGGUGCAGCGCGUUUGCUUCUGCGAGCGGCCGACUAUUGUCAAAACAGCCAACACUGAGAAAAACUUUGGAAGGAGGUUUGUGAGUUGCGAAAACUGGAAGAUUAACCAAGACUGUGGUUUCUUGGAAUGGCUUGAUCCUAAAAUGUGCUCCUUUGAUAAGAAGGUGGUACAUCAUUUGCAUCAAAGGCAUGAAUAUUUGGAGGCUCAAGUGAAACGAUAUGAAACAUUGGUUGAAGUUGAAGUUGGGAAGGUGAGAGCAGAACAUGAGAAAAAAAACUGUGCAGCUAAAGGUAGAAAUGGAGAGUGA